AUGGGAGAUGUGACCUAUGGCGCAUGCUGUAUAGAUGACUAUACAGCAAGGGCUCUGGGAUGCGACCUCCUCAUUCACUAUGCACACAGCUGUCUCAUUCCAGUGGCUGUGACCAAGAUCGCCACACUGUACAUUUUCGUUUCCAUCAGCAUCGACACGCAACAUCUCAUUAACACGAUUACCGAGAACUUUCCAGCCGGGAGGGCUAUCGCGCUUGUGGGUACCAUCCAGUUCAAUGCCACCAUUCACGGCAUAGUGCCAAUACUACGAAGAGAAGGAUACAAUCCCAUCGUUCCUCAAAUUGCACCGCUAUCAAAGGGUGAGGUUCUCGGCUGCACAUCACCUUCGAUGGCGAUCAAGGCGGGGCAGUUUAAUGCAAGAGGCAAGGAGGAGGAAGUCCCGGACCUCAUCUUAUACCUUGGGGACGGACGUUUCCAUCUUGAGAGCGCCAUGAUUGCGAACCCUUCAUUGCCGGCGUAUCGAUACGAUCCUUACUCGCGUCGGCUGACCCAUGAGGUCUACGAGCAUGAUCAGCUGUACGACUUACGCCGAACAGCUAUCCUGACAGCGCGAAAGGCGCGCAAGUGGGGUGUCAUUUUGGGCUCAUUGGGCCGACAAGGCAAUCCACAUACAUUAACACUGAUUGAGAACGAGCUACAGCGGCAAGGCAUCACAUGCAUAAACUUACUAAUGUCGGAAAUCUUCCCGGGUAAGCUGGCCAUGAUGUCAGAUGUGGAGGCCUGGGUACAAAUCGCAUGUCCAAGGCUGAGCAUUGAUUGGGGAUAUGCUUUCCCUCGGCCGUUGCUCAGUCCCUACGAGGCGCUUGUUGCGUUGGGCGUGAGAGACGCGCCCUGGCUAGAAGAGGAAGGCAUGCAGAAGAAGGUGGAGGAUAGAGAGAGAAGAAACUUAUACCCUAUGGAUUUCUAUGCGAAAGAGGGAUUGGGCCGGACAACUAUUGAGCGUGUACAAGCGGCUGAGACAUUCACAUCCUCGAAGCCAAAGAUCUCAUCGACGUCUACACCCAACAAUACCAUAAAGCCACAUGACGCAAUGAGCAUGUCGUCCAACCCGCAGGCAAAGCUGGACAUGCAUCCAAAGUCACAUGACACUCCCAACUCCCGACCAUUCGGCAUCUACCUGCACACCGACCUCUCCGAUCCCACAGGAUCAAAUGCCACCCUCGCCGUCCAAGCCCCUGAUUUCAGUAGCGCCUACGUCGCCCUCCUCCAACACGCCGGCGCGCAAAUCGGCGACCGACCAGACUGGGGCGCCACUCGACAAGGCACCAACAACCAUGUGUACGAAGUCUCGACCUGGGAUAGAGCAGUCGUGAUGCGAUACAGCAUCGAAUUACUCCGAGAAGACGAGCCAGAUGGCCCGUCUCUCCGCCAGCCUCGCCAGCAUUACGGUAUGUUUGUCGAACUCAGCGAUAGGAAAGAGACAUUCUAUGUCAGUGGAGCCGAGACGUUGGGCGAGGCGUGUCAUGCGAUGAAGAUGUCUGCAGCGGCAUAUAUCGCGCAACAUGCUGGUGUGAAGCUGAUGGAGAAGAAUGUCGAAUUGCUCGAUGAAAAAGGUGUCGUGAGGCAGCGGUAUGAAGUCCUCAAGGGAAGGAACAUCAACGGCAGAUUUGUGAAGGAGGACGAUUGGAUCAAUGGGCAUGGGGAGGGAGAGGUUCCUGGCGUAGUGCGAGAGGACAAGACACCCAUCUUGCGAGCUGCUCCUCCGCCUGCGAAGAAGACGCCGCGUGCUCACCCCAAACACGCACCAAAAGCUACUCCUCUGCCUGCUGCACGAGUCAUACUAAACCCUCCCCGUGCCGCACGCGCGCGUACGCCCAACAUCGCAGCAGACAUUGCACCAUCUGCUCCUUCCACUCCAGCUCCGCCUCGACGAGGCACACGUAUGUGCACGCCCAAUUUCGUGCUAGACCUCGAGCAAGCUGCUCCUCCUCCCCAACUUCCCGGCACUCCAGCUCCACAAGUCCAGCCUGCCACGGCUGAACUCUGGUGCAUAUGCCGCGCCCCAAACGACGGGCGCCUCUUGGUAGCCUGCGACAACGACGCGUGCGAGACUGAAUGGUACCAUCCUGCUUGUCUGGGGCUGACGCAGGCACCGGAGGGGAAGUGGUUGUGUCCUAUGGACGCCGGCGCCGAUGGGGAAGAAGAGGAAGAAGAGGAAGAAGAGGAAGAAGAGGAAGAAGAGAAAGACUAG